GCAAACUAUGGGAAGUUCCAAAAGAGUUAAAAGAGAUAAUCAAAAUAGUAGUUUGAACAAAGCACGGCGUGAUGACGAUAAUGAGGAAGGAAUUUAUACGGUUGAAAACAUAUUAGCACAUAGACUAUCAACAAAUGGACAUCUUGAAUACAAAGUAAAAUGGGCAGGUUAUGAUGAAAGUGAAUCGUGUUGGGUAAACGCUACUGAUGUGUUUGCACCAUAUUUUGUUACCCGUUAUUGGAAUGACCAAAAGAUGAAAUCAUCUGCACAAUCGUCCAAACAAAGUGUUAAAAAUAAUCAAUCAAAUAAAGAAAUCAGUUCGGAUAUCAAGGAUAAUCAAGAUCAAGCUCAAAUUAAUUCUAAAAGGCUGAGCUUGAAGAGAAAUAAAACGAAAAAUAAUAGUCAAGUUAAUAUCUCUUAUGAUAACACAACUCCAAUGUGUUUGAGUAAGGUUGAUAAAAUAAGCAACGUAAAUUCAAAUAAUGACAUCUCUUCAGAUAAUGAGACUUUUGAUAAUACGGAUGAAAACAAUUUUAUGAGCACAAAUAUUAUCUCUUCAAAAAUUGAUAACCUCAAUACUGAGGUUGAGAUUGAAACUACUAGUUUUAAUAAGAAUGUGAAAACAGAUAAAGAUACUACAAAAGUUAAUGAUGAAACAAUAAUCGAAGAUGACAAUUCAUACAUUAUUGUUUCCGAAGAUGAUCCACUGAAUUUGGUAGAGGUUGUUCUUGAUAUGAAACCUAUUGACGCUCAACUGCAACAAAAAAACUUUGAGAAAGAUAUUACACAACUUAAUUUCAGAGCAGAAAAGAAUUGGGAGAAUUAUGCGACAGUUAUUGAUAUCAAAAUUGACCCCGGUAGUGGGGAUCUUAUGUGUGUUCUAAAAUGGAUUGAUGGAAUCAGAACACUUCAUCAUUGUAACAAAGUUCAUCAACGGUGUCCUCAAAAG